AUGGAGCGCCGCUUCAAAGAAAACGAGACAGAAGGCCAAGAUGCUCAAGUGAACCAAGACGCGCCAGAAUUCAACAGCUUGGCCGACUUGGAAGAGGGAGCCGCUACCCAUGUCGCGCAAGUCAAAGUGAACGAGUCGACCCGACUGUGUUUUCCGGUAGAGACGUUUGAGCUACUGAACCACGUGACCAAGCGGUUUUCAGCGAGAUUCCGAAGUCUGUCUAUCUACAAUGGACUGGAUUGGGCUCGACGUCAGUUGAUGGCCGGGGAGGAUGGAGUUACUCCUCCUUCGUGUACGUCAUGGAGAGGUCGUUGUUCACCGGGAGAACGAUACGGUCAGGUUCGGCGUAAACGAGCCUGUUUCGGCGUGAACGUCGUGUACCACUGGCCUAAAGAACGCACGCGUUGA